AUGCUCAAAAAACGUACAAAAUAUGAGGAUCUAUGGAGUAGUGUCUUAGCCAAUAAAGAGAAUAUACGAAAGUCAAAUGUAGAAAAAGAGAAAGGAAAAUUGCUCGGAGCGACGAAGGGGCAACCAGCAGUGAGGCAGUACUUUGAGUGCACGAACUUGCAGGCAUUGAGCAGGCGAGAAUUAUGGGGGAAUCCGAGUGGGAAAUGGAAUGGAUCUAAAAGAUGGUGUGCAUCGACAAAGUUUUAUAUCAAAGAUUUGAUGAGCUACGAUACUGACGUAUAUAAAUUUAUGGGCCAGUGUGGAUACAUUACCCCAUUUGUUUGUGCAUUUAGUCACUCCGCACGUGGAGGAAAAUAUAUAGCUGUCGGAGAUGAAGAAGGAGGAAUCGGAUUUAUUGAUUCUAGGAAGGACAACAAGAUUGAGCUCGAGAGUGCGCGUAAGCAAUUUGUGGCUCAUGAUAAUGCGAUCUUUGAUUUACAGUGGAGUCGCGAUGAUAGUACUAUUAUCAGUGCGUCGGGAGAUCAGACAGCACGCUUGUGGGACGUAGAGAAACAGAAGUGCAAAGCCGUACUUCGUGGACAUAGCUGUAGUAUUAAAGUGGUAGCGUAUAAUCACAAAGACACAAACGUGUGGGCAACAGCCUCGAGAGAUGGUAAUAUAUUUAUAUGGGAUGUCAGAACAUCAGGAAGCGCGGAAAAGGCUGGAGCAAGACAUGUAAGACCAACAGUCGGUAUUAUAUCUGCACACGGGCAGCAAAAUAACUCAAAGUCUGUUACUAAAACCAAAGCUCGGUCAUCUGCAGGGCCAAUAAGAAGUAAUCCCACAAGCAGUGUGACGGGAGUUCAGUGGUUGAGGCAUUUUGAUUAUUUACUAGCAUCAUCUGGUGCUCUGGAUGGUAUAAUUAAAUACUGGGACAUUAGGAAACUUUCUCCUCAUAGAGGAACUCCAGAGCCAUUAACAACGUCUGUAGAUGGAUCGACAUCGAAGAGACCACAUGGUGUUUCCACCCUUUUGUUAGAUCACACAGGAACGCGUCUCUUUGCAAAUAGUACGGACAACCACAUAUACAUGUAUGACGCAAUCCGUCUCGGUCCUCCGCUUUCUCGUUUCACUCAUCCCGCCUACCGUUGUUCAUCGUUCUAUGUGAGGAUGAGCAUAUCUCCUGAUGGUCGGUUUCUUGUCAGUGGAUCGAGUGAUAAAAGGAUGUAUAUAUGGGAGAUGGAUGCGCCGGGAGAGAAGCCAGUAAUAUUGAAAGGACAUGAAAACGAAGUUUCGAGUGUCAAUUGGUGUAAAACGGAUUUGGGUUUGUUGGCUUCUGUAUCAGAUGAUACUAGUCUGAGACUUUGGAGAGUACAACAAUCAAUGUCAGAACAAUGUCGACAGAACCCAAAUCUGUUAGAUCAGCAUUGGGGAGUAGUGGUUGAUUCUUGA